AGCAUCACUCGAUCUAUCAUCACUUCCAUUCUCUCUCGGUCUCGCAGGUUGACGAUCACUCACUUUUCAAAUUCACUUCGAAAGUCGAAUUCGCAACUUCAAGCCGGUCUUUUUACCCAACUUCAUUCCUACCAAACCCCACCCACUCUUUCAACAUGCAUCCCUCCACUAUCGCUGCCAUCUUGGCCUUCACUGCCGGCAUGGCUGUCAACGGCGCGCCGCUUAACCCCACUGUUGGCAUCAACCCCCCCUCCAGGCUUCUAACCAUUGAUGAUCUUCAAUACAGGCCUGAGCACAUUAGGGGUGAUGCCAUUCACCAGUUGGUUGACAAGCGUGAUCCUCAGCGCAGCCGUGGCCGUCUCAUUGGCAACAUCGCUGAGGGAAUUGGCGGUGCUAUUGGCGGUGCUGCCGACUUCCUUACUAUCGGCGGUGCUGUCCAAGGCCAGCCCCAGAAGCGUGAUCCUCAACGCAGCCGUGGCCGUCUCAUUGGCAACAUCGCUGAGGGAAUUGGCGGUGCUAUUGGCGGUGCUGCCGACUUGCUUACUAUCGGCGGUGCUGUUCAGGGUCAGAACCAGAAGCGGGAUCCUCAACGCAGCCGUGGCCGUCUCAUUGGCAACAUCGGCGAGGGAAUUGGUGGUGUUAUUGGUGGUGCAGCAGAUCUGAUCACAAUUGGCGGUGCUGUCCAGGGCCAGCCUCAGAACCAGAAGCGCGAUCCUCAACGCAGCCAUCUGAUCACAAUUGGCGGUGCUGUCCAGGGCCAGCCUCAGAACCAGAAGCGCGAUCCUCAACGCAGCCGUGGCCGUCUCAUUGGCAACAUCGCUGAGGGAAUUGGCGGUGCUAUUGGCGGUGCUGCCGACUUGCUUACUAUCGGCGGUGCUGUUCAGGGUCAGAACCAGAAGAGAGGCCUUAUGGUCGUGGAUGAUCUCGGUCAACCAAGAGUGGUCAGCGAACCCGCCGACUACGACCUCGCCGAGGGACAGAAUGAGAAGCGCGAUCCUCAACGCAGCCGUGGCCGUCUCAUUGGCAACAUCGCUGAGGGAAUUGGCGGUGCUAUUGGCGGUGCUGCCGACUUCCUUACAAUCGGCGGUGCUGUCCAGGGCCAGCCCCAGAAGAGAGGCCUUACAGUUGUGGAUGAUCUCGGUCAACCAAUAGUGGUCAGCGAAUCCGCCGACUACGACCUCGCCGAGGGACAGAAUGAGAAGCGCGAUCCUCAGCGCAGCCGUGGCCGCAUCAUUGGCAAUAUCGGUGAAGGAAUUGGUGGAGCAAUUGGCGCUGCCGCGGAUUUCCUCACUAUCGGUGGUGCUGUCCAAGGUCAGAACCAGAAGAGAGGCCUUACGGUCGUGGAUGAGCUCGGUCAACCAGUAGUGGCCAGUGAGUCUGCUGACUACGACCUCGACCUCCCAGAAGUCCAGAACGAGAAGAGAGACCCUCAGCGCGGCCGUCGCAUUGGCAACUUUAUCAAGGGCUUUGGCGAAGGUAUUGGAAUUGCCGGAGAUCUACUCACCCUCGCUCCCCAAGACUCUCAGCCAGCUGCAAAGAGGGACGUUCCGCUAGUCCUUGAUGACAAAGUCAACAGCAUUGAUGCGGAGCACGCGACGGUGGGAUUGUUGGCGCCAGCGAUUGAGUACGAGAAGCGCGAUCCUCAGCGCAGCCGCGGCCGCAUCAUUGGCAAUGUUCUUGAGGGCGUCGGCGGUAUCAUUGGCGGUGCUGUCGAUCUGGGCACCAUUGGCGGAGCCAUCCAAGGCCAGAACCAGAAGCGCGAUCCUCAGCGCAGCCGCGGCCGCAUCAUUGGCAACAUCGUUGAAGGAGUUGCUGGAGGUGUCGGUGCUGUUGCCGAUGCCAUCUCUAUCGGCGGAGCUGUCCAGGGCCAGCAACCCCCCCAGAAGCGCGAACCCCAGCGCAGCCGCGGCCGCAUCAUUGGCAAUGUUCUUGAGGGCGUCGGCGGUAUUAUUGGCGGUGCUGUCGAUCUGGGCACCAUUGGCGGAGCCAUCCAAGGCCAGAACCAGAAGCGCGAUCCUCAGCGCAGCCGCGGCCACAACAUUGGCAAGGUCAUCGGGGGACUCGGUGAUGGUCUCGGUGCCUUCGCUGAUAUCAUCUCCAUCGGUGGAGCUGUCCAGGGCCAGGAGCAACCACAAGCCUAGGUACACGGCUACUAGUGGUGAAGCUGGACCCAGAACGGGGCAGAGCCAAUCGUGUCGGGUAUGUCGCUGAGCGCAUCUUCUUACCAUAGAUUGUUACCUGUUUGUUUUAUGCUCUAAAUUGGAUGAUUAGCAAUGCAAUUGAUUUUUACAUAUAUGUGCUUGACAAGUUUGCUAUCGUGAUGAUUAUCAGAGUUCAUCAUUAAGUUCCAAGCAGCUACGUAAGUAAACAUAAAGUGACUUCUAACUUCAUUUACCAUUAUUGGAAGUCAGCACAUUAGCUUAGGUCUAGAAAUUCAUGCAGUGGUACGAGCAUUCGUGGUAGUGUCGUAAAUGAGAAGGUUGAG